UACUCGACUCACAACUACGCACAUUGGACUGCCUCCCAAUAACCUCCCUUGCCCCUGGGCCUAACCCUGCCCUGGAGGCGGACUCGCGGGAGAGGCGGGAGGCUGAACGCCCGAGGGCGACCGCGGCUGGCGCGGAGCUGCGCAGGAGGCUGACGCGCUGGCGUGGCUCUGCGACGCGUCACCCGCGCUGCGGGCAAGCCAUGGCGGGAAGCGAGCCGCGCAGCGGAACUAGCUCGCCGCCGCCGCCCUUCAGCGACUGGGGCCGCCUGGAGGCGGCCAUCCUCAGCGGCUGGAAGACCUUCUGGCAGUCAGUGAGCAAGGAGAGGGUGGCGCGUACGGCCUCGCGGGAGGAGGUGGAUGAGGCGGCCAGCACCCUGACGCGGCUGCCGAUUGAUGUACAGCUAUAUAUUUUGUCCUUUCUUUCACCUCAUGAUCUGUGUCAGUUGGGAAGUACAAAUCAUUAUUGGAAUGAAACUGUAAGAGAUCCAAUUCUGUGGAGAUACUUUUUGUUAAGGGAUCUUCCUUCUUGGUCUUCUGUUGACUGGAAGUCUCUUCCAGAUCUAGAAAUCUUAAAAAAGCCUAUAUCUGAGGUCACUGAUGGUGCAUUUUUUGACUACAUGGCAGUCUAUAGAAUGUGCUGUCCAUAUACAAGAAGAGCUUCAAAAUCCAGCCGUCCUAUGUAUGGAGCUGUCACUUCUUUUUUACACUCCCUGAUCAUUCAGAAUGAACCACGAUUUGCUAUGUUUGGACCAGGUUUGGAAGAAUUGAAUACCUCUUUGGUGUUGAGCUUGAUGUCUUCAGAGGAACUUUGCCCAACAGCUGGUUUGCCUCAGAGACAGAUUGAUGGUAUUGGAUCAGGAGUCAAUUUUCAGUUGAACAACCAACAUAAAUUCAACAUUCUAAUCUUAUAUUCAACUACCAGAAAGGAAAGAGAUAGAGCAAGGGAAGAGCAUACAAGUGCAGUUAACAAGAUAUUCAGUCGACAGAAUGAAGGCGAUGAUCAACAAGGAAGCCGGUACAGUGUGAUUCCACAAAUUCAAAAAGUGUGUGAAGUUGUAGAUGGGUUCAUCUAUGUUGCAAAUGCUGAAGCUCAUAAAAGACAUGAAUGGCAAGAUGAAUUUUCUCAUAUUAUGGCAAUGACAGAUCCAGCCUUUGGGUCUUCGGGAAGACCAUUGUUGGUUUUAUCUUGUACUUCUCAAGGGGAUGUAAAAAGAAUGCCCUGUUUUUAUUUGGCUCAUGAGCUGCAUCUGAAUCUUCUAAAUCACCCAUGGCUGGUCCAGGACACAGAGGCUGAAACUCUAACUGGUUUUUUGAAUGGCAUUGAGUGGAUUCUUGAAGAAGUAGAAUCUAAGAGUGCAAGAUGAUUCUCCUUUCAGAUCUUGGGAAAUGAAACCGUUUGAAAUUUAUUACUGAGGUCAUGAUGUGAAUAUUUGCUCAGUCAACUCACCUUGUCCUCCCUUUUUGCAGAUGGGCUUUAAAUUGGACAGCUAUAGCUGCUGUGUUUUUGAUAUUAUUUUUACUCUUUACCAUAAAUCAAUUGCAAGAAGAGUUUCAAUCCUUGUAUUUAGCCCCAAAAUGAACCUUUAAACAUUUUUUUUUGGUAAUUUUUAUAUUUUCUGUCUUUUAAAAAAUAUUAAAUUCUGGAAAAAAUA